GUCUCUGCGUCCGUCCGGCCGCACCAGGAAACCCAACACCGCGGCUGGGGGACAGGGGGACACAAACACACAAAGGCUGCGCUGUCCCCUCCUGCGGCUCGCCUAUAAAACCCCCCGAAACCUCCCCAAACCUCCCCAAACCUCCUGACACCUCCCGGGGGCUGCGACCCGCCCGCAGCUCUCCGACCGCAGCGAGGGCUCCCGUCCCAGGGGGGUCAUGGCCACGGGCGAGCUGACCGAGCUGGAAUUGGCCAUCGAGAAGAUCGUCGACACCUUCACCGCCCACGCGGGCAAGGAGGGCAGGAAGGGCACGCUGAGCACCGGCGAGUUCAAGGAGCUGGUGCAGCUCCAGCUGCCCAACCUGAUGAAGGAUGUGCCCUCUCUGGAGGAGAAGAUGAGCGAGCUGGACGUGAACAACGACGAGGAGCUGAGGUUCGGGGAGUUCUGGCGCCUCAUCGGCGAGCUGGCCAAGACCAUGAGGAGAGAGAAAAUGGGCAAGAAGUGACGGGGCCACGGGAGACUCAGCUGACUCGGAGCAAAUAAAAGAGGUUUCCCUGA